CUAAUCUUUGUAAUCGAGGUGGUGCACGUGGUGAGUGUGUGGCGCGAUCGAUUGUCACUCGACCCCGUUCGUCCAUCACAAUUCACAGUUGUGAAGUCAUUCUCGUCUAGCUCGGUGCCGAGUCGUCUCCGUCGUCGAAAAGCGUUCGGAAGAAGCGGAACAAAAUCCAAAAGUCCGCCUCCUGCUUCAGUCCUGGCCUUCUUCGCCCGGCGCCCUCGCCCUUUUCCCGUUUGAUGCGCCGUUCGGCCCACGGCGCCUAGGCCCCGGCGAGGACCAUGUUCUUCUACAAAGAGAAAAUCCUGAGCCCGGGCCAGCUGAAGCGGCUCUCAGACCACAAGUACAACUGUGAGAGCCUCAGCUUCCUCGACCGCUUUCUACAGCCCUGGUGGAACUGGCUCGUCGGCCGAAUCCCGAUCUGGAUCGCCCCGAACUUGAUCACAGUCGUCGGACUCAUCGUCAACAUUGUCACCACUUUAAUCUUAGUCUGCUACAGCCCCGAUGCCAAGACCGAGGCUCCAAGAUGGUCAUUUGUACUCUGUGCCCUUGGCCUGUUUGCUUACCAAAGUUUAGAUGCGAUAGAUGGCAAACAGGCAAGAAGAACCGGGACUUCAUCUCCACUGGGAGAGCUUUUUGACCAUGGGUGCGAUUCUGUAUCAACAGUAUUUGUGGCCAUCUCAGCGUGCAUAGCGGUACAGCUCGGCGCUUAUCCCUCUUGGAUGUUUUUCCAGUGUUUUUGUGCUAUAACACUAUUUUAUUGUGCACACUGGCAAGCAUACGUCUCAGGGACGUUACGUUUUGGAAGAGUCGACGUAACAGAAGCACAGUUCACCAUAAUGGCCAUCCAUAUGAUUUCUGCAUUUUUCGGACCCAACAUUUGGUCCACGCAGAUGCCAUCAUUACAUAUAAUUGAAUUACGUCAUUCAAUUCUGGCAAUGACAGUUUUAUGUGGUUCAGUAGCUCUUUAUGACCUUUUCAUAGUUAUAUGUAAUGGAGGUGUGGGCAGGAAUGGUUCAACGGUUGCUAUCCCUUGGAUAAACCUCAAAAUGAAACAUGUGCAAGUGCUGAUCGGGACGGUGGUCGGCAUUUACAUGUUCCACAGGACAGCGUCAGUUGUCCUGACUGGCGGCAUAGGCAAAAACGGAUCCUCGGUUGCUGGGACAAGUGUGCUCUCUCCUGUUAUUCCGCUGAGCUUGGUAGUGAUACCAGCAUUUAUAAUAUGCCAAAAAAGUGCAGACCGCGUUUACGAGGACAAUCCCGUCCUUUAUAUAUUCGCCUUUGGUCUUGUAGCUGCCAAAGUCACGAACAGGCUUGUGGUGGCUCAUAUGACGAGGAAUGAAAUGGACUAUUUAGAUUCUUCACUCGUAGGUCCUGCGAUGUUAUUCUUAAAUCAGUAUUUCAAUUUUUUCAUCAGCGAAUACAUCGUUCUCUGGUUCUGUUUAGUCUGGGUCUGUUUUGACCUGUUGAGGUAUUCGAGACAAGUGUGCUUAGAAAUCUGCGACCACAUGCAUAUCCAGCUGUUCAGAAUAGUACCCAACCAGAAUCCUGCCCAGCAGAUAGCCAACAAAAACGUUAAUCUGGCUAUAAAAGACGAAGCAUUUAACUUGACCGAAGAAGGACCGUUGCUACACACAGACUCAGAUGAUGAAUUCAUUGUUUAUGACGCAUCUGUCGCAUAACUACCAAAUUUUAUUUGAAUUUUAUAUAUUGUUGGGGAGUAAUUUGUACAGAAUAAUGUUUUGAAUGGAAUAAGUAACAUUUAGAGCAUGUUUUAUAGUACUCUGAUGUAUUUUGUUUUAUUAUUAUUAUUCUAGCUUGCUCUAUUUUAUAAUGGCUGCAUUCAUUAAAAAAUGAAAAAAAUAUACUUAAAAAAAUAUAUAUAAGAAAAUAAGUGGUACUGAAUUUUCUGUGAUAUGAACAGUUGUAUUUUUUCAAAUGUGUUCUUGUACAGUAGUUGUAAUUUUAUUACUUCUAAUAAUUAAAUAU